CCCUUGCCACUCACUCUAUUUGACAUUUCCACUCACUCACGGAUCUAAAGCCUGGCCACAUUUCUUCUUACAUCGGAUGUCCACGACUUUCCACCGGGGGACAGAAGACAAAAGCGGAUACUAAGCGGCACAAGUCUGCUGCUUUCAACCGGGAUAUCCCCUCCGUCUCCCUCUCCACUCCAGCACCCUUUUGGAAACUAUUUUUUAUUUUUUUUUUCAUUACCCAGCCCCACUUUUUCUUCACUUCCACGAGGGGACACCGGCUAACCAUCGUGGGUAUAUUUCCCCCCUGUUUUUUUUUUUUGUUUUUUUUUAUGUUCUUCCUGUGUGUGGGCCGUGGACAAACAGGCAACACAGUGUGGUUUUGACACCGACGCAGGAUGCCCCAAAAAGAAUACCACAGCCAAGCCACGUGGGAGUCUGGCGUAGCCUCAAUGAUGCAAAACAAGGUGUAUGACAUCUGUGAUGAAGGUCACAGCGGCGUCAACCAGCUCGGCGGCGUGUUCGUCAACGGUAGACCGCUGCCAGAUUCCACCCGGCAGAAAAUAGUAGAACUCGCCCACAGCGGUGCUCGACCCUGCGACAUCUCACGGAUACUACAGACCCAUGAUGAAGUCCAAGUGGUGGACAGUGAAAAGGUGUCCAACGGCUGCGUGAGCAAGAUCUUGGGCCGCUACUAUGAGACGGGAUCCAUAAGACCGCGGGCCAUCGGCGGCAGCAAGCCGAGGGUCGCCACGCCGGAGGUGGUCGCCAAGAUCGCACAAUACAAGCGGGAGUGUCCGUCGAUCUUCGCCUGGGAGAUCCGCGACCGGCUUUUAUCGGAGGGCAUCUGCACCAACGACAACAUACCCAGUGUGUCAUCGAUAAACAGAGUUCUGCGCAACCUGGCGAGCGAGAAGCAACAGAUGGGCGCAGAUGGCAUGUAUGACAAGCUGAGGAUGCUCAACGGUCAGACAGGAAGUUGGGGGACCCGGCCAGGCUGGUAUCCCGGAACAUCAGUGCCCGGCCAGCCCAAUCCAGACGGCUGCCAGCCACAAGACGGCGCAGGAGAGAACACAAAUUCCAUCAGUUCAAACGGCGAGGACUCCGAGGAGACUCAGAUGCGCUUGCAGCUCAAAAGGAAGCUGCAGAGAAACCGCACUUCUUUCACGCAGGAGCAGAUCGAGGCACUGGAAAAAGAAUUUGAAAGAACUCAUUAUCCUGACGUUUUUGCACGAGAGAGACUAGCGGCCAAAAUCGACCUCCCUGAAGCAAGAAUACAAGUAUGGUUCUCCAACAGGAGAGCAAAGUGGAGGCGGGAAGAGAAGCUUCGUAACCAGCGACGACAGGCCAACAACUCCUCCAGUCACAUUCCCAUCAGCAGCAGCUUCAGCACCAGUGUGUACCAGGCCAUCCCACAGCCCACCACACCUGUGUCUUUCACCUCGGGGUCCAUGUUGGGCCGCGCUGACUCGGCACUAGCAAACACCUACAGUGCACUGCCCCCCAUGCCCAGCUUCACCAUGGCAAACAAUCUACCUAUGCAACCCAGCCAGACCUCCUCCUAUUCCUGCAUGCUGCCUACCAGUCCGCCUGUGAAUGGGCGGAGCUACGAAACAUACACGCCCCCUCAUAUGCAGGCACAUAUGAACAGCCAAUCAAUGACCACUUCUGGUACCACCUCGACAGGACUCAUCUCUCCUGGAGUGUCUGUCCCAGUGCAAGUCCCAGGGAGCGAGCCUGACAUGUCUCAGUACUGGUCCAGACUACAGUAGGGACAAGAGCUACUUUUCCUUGUGAGCACCUCCAACGUGGACCUGUCGUGCUCCUCACACACACACACACACACACACACACACACACACACUCACACACACACACACACACACACACACACACACACACACACACACACACACACACACACACACACACACGCACACACACAUACACACACGCACACACACACGGAGAGGACAAUGAGGACUUGUGUAGCUGCUGGCACAUUCAAACAAGGACGACGACAGGAUGGAAAGAAAUGGACCUCUGUAAAGUGCCCACUGUUACAUUUUUAUGGAACAAAAAAAAACCUUUUUUUUUUUUUUUUUUACUAUUUCCAGUCAUUGUCCCCCCUCGCCCCCUCUGGUGUGUUAGUUAAAAAAAAAAAAAAAAAAAGGCUUUUUUUUUUUUUUUGUUAGUGAAUAUGAACGAUAGGACGCAUGAAGCUGAGACAUUCUGCUGCCAUGACUAUCUUUGAACGACUCUGCAUGGACGCAUAUCAUUUUGAAAGACUCUUCUGAGAAACUAUUUAUUGGAGCUCUCUCACACACACAUACACACACACACACACACAUACACACACAAGGAUAUCAACGCCAACAUGCGACGAGGACGACGCGUGGAAGCAUCAAGAAGCCUGUAGUCUGUAAAUGGUUAGACUGCGUCUUUGCUAUGAUAAUAACAUUAAUAAUAAUAAUAAUCCCCCCGACCCCCUGUUUUUUUCUUUCUUGUCCAGAUGUAAAGUUCUUGUCUUCCCUGGAAAUCAGAGAGAAAAAAAAAAUCUCCGAUAAAAGUUGAUUUCAUUUAAACACCCCAUGCCCCCCCCCAGGCCUCCCUGGAAGAAUACCCUCUAAAUGUUCCAUGCAUCAUUUCUUUAGGGUCAGGUACAAUUUGUCUUCUAGCUAGAGUUGUAUUAUAGUGUCCUAU